CGUUGAGGGGCCUCGGGCGGGCGGUCGCCGAGCGGGACGGGGCGCCAUGACGGCCGAGCUGCAGCAGCAGGCCCAGGAGGGGGGCGCCGCCGCCAGCGCCGCCGCCGAGAGCCGGGCGAGGUGUGCCAGUGUGCUUUUAAACCAGCUGAGAGAGAUCACAGGAAUUCAAGAUCCUGCAGUUCUCCAUGCAACCCUGAAGGCUGCUGAUGGUGACUUAAUGCAGGCUGUUGAAAUUCUCACUGAGAGUCAUGCGGAAGAGUCAGGCCAGGAACCAUCUGACUGUGCUGCAGAACCAUCUGACUGUGAAGGGAGUGCUGUUGGUACGAUUGAUUCAAUACCACAUAACAAAGCUGAUCUGCAGAAAGCCAUCCCAUUGAGAAUCGAGGAGUUUCCAUCUGUUCAAGCCAUGCAGAAAGAUCCUAACACAACAGUGAAUGUAGCUCAUGAGUCAAGUGUAGCAGAAAGUAAAAAUCGCACCAAAAGAAAACGAUGUGAAGUUUGGGGGGAAAACGUCGGCCAAAAUGGGUGGAGGAGAACUGAUGAAUGGCCUGUAGGGAUGAAGAACAUUGGAAAUACUUGCUGGUUCAGUGCCGUCAUACAGUCUCUCUUCCAGUUACCAGAAUUCCGACGCCUGGUCCUUGGCUACUCACUUCCGCAAAGUGUACUUGAAAAUUGUCAAAGCCGCAGCAAAAAGAGGAACAUUGCAUUCAUGCAGGAGCUUCAGUGUCUCUUUGCUUUAAUGUUGGGGACAGUUCAUAAAUAUGUAGACCCUACAAGAGCACUAGAACUUCUAAAGGGUGCAUUCAGAUCUCCUGAUGAGCAGCAGCAAGAUGUGAGCGAGUUCACCCACAAACUCCUGGACUGGCUGGAGGAUGCUUUCCAGUUGGCUGUGAACGUCAAUAGCCCCCAAGACAAGUCUGAAAAUCCAAUGGUUCAACUUUUUUAUGGGACUUUUUUAACUGAAGGGAUUCAUGAAGGCAAGACCUUUUCCAAAAUUGAGACUUUUGGCCAGUAUCCCCUGCAGGUAAACGGUUAUAAGAACUUGAACGAGUGUUUGGAAGGAGCCCUGGUAGAGGGGGAGACUGAAUCGCCGCCUUCUAAUCAGUCAGUGAAAUACGGGCAAGAGCGCUGGUUCACAAAACUCCCUCCGGUGCUCACCUUUGAACUUUCCCGGUUUGAGUUCAAUCAGUCACUUGGACAGCCAGAGAAGAUACAUAGCAAGUUGGAAUUCUCACGAGUAAUUUAUAUGGACAGGUUCUUGUACAGCAACAAAGAACUUAUUCAGUCCAAAAGAGAAGAAAUCAAGAAACUGAAGGGUCAGAUAGCACUUCUGCAGCAGAAAUUGGAAAGAUACAUGAAAUACGGUUCUGGUGCAGAUCGUUUCCCCUUGGCGGACAUGCUGCUGUAUGUUCUUCAGUUUGCAAGUACAAAGCCUGCUGUUGCUUCAUGUGCUCAGUCCUUGGUGACACCAGAACCCCAGGCCAAAGGCAGCCCUCCAGUGCAUAGCAGGGGGGAAGUAACACAAGCUACAGAGAAUGUUCAGGAUGCUGUGGAAGAUGCUGCAGCCAUCUCCCACCCAGAGCUGGUGAGCAGACCUCUCCAGUUGCCCUGGGAUCCUGUGGAGACGACAGACUAUCCGGCUCCUCAUGUGGUCUCAGAGGAUGAAAUAAGCCUUGUUAUGACCUGUCUGCAACGAUGGAAGGAUGAGGUUGAACAAGACAUACAAGGCCUGCGGAACUCCAUUGCCCUGCUGGCCCAGUCCGUUGAACUGAUGUACGCCGAUCCUUCCCUCCAUCAGGUCCCUUAUCAUUUGCAUGCUGUCCUUGUCCACGAAGGCCAGGCCAACGCCGGCCACUACUGGGCCUAUAUCUACAACCAGCCCCGAAAAAGCUGGCUCAAGUAUAAUGACAUCUCUGUGACGGAGGCCUCCUGGGAAGAAGUGGAAAGGGACUCGUUUGGAGGCCUGAAGAAUGCGAGCGCCUACUGUCUGAUGUACAUUAGCGAAGCGCUCUUCCACCUUGCUGCAGCAGACGAGGACAGCAGCGAGCAUUUCCAGCAGGAAGUGGAAGCUCUGAGUAUGGAUCUGCAGCACUAUGUUCAAGAGAGCAACUGGCGGCUCGAACGUGAAGUGGCGGAGUGGGAGGAGGAGCAGUCCUGCAAGAUGGCUCAGAUGGAGCAGUCGGAGUCGUCUGUCGAGUCUCAAGAUCUGUCUUCGGACUCUGGGCAGGAGCUGUCUUCACCCUGUGGACAUGGGGCAUGCCCUCUCUCUUCUGAGCAUGCCAUGAUCACCAAGGACCAGACCGCUCAAGCCAUUGCCAAUACAGCUGAUGCGUAUGAGAAGAAUGGGGUGGAGGCAGCCCUCAAGGAGUCCAAGGAGGCAGAACCAGCAAAGGACUUCCUGGGAGAAGCCAACCUCAUAGCUCAGGCAGAUGAGCAGCAGGACGCUAUGGGGCUGGCACCUCCAGCCCAGCCUAGCUCUCAGGUCUCGGAAGUGGAGAUCCCCAGUGUGGGCAAGAUUCUAGUUAGAUCGGAUGCAGAUGGCUAUAAUGAGGAGGUGAUGCUUAGUCCCGCCAUGCAGGGUGUGAUCCUGGCUAUAGCUAAAGCCCGUCAGACCUUUGACCGGGAUGGGUCUGAAGCAGGGCUAGUUAAGGCAUUCCGUGAAGAAUAUUCCCGGCUGUAUCAGCUUUCCCAAGAGUCCCCCACGCCUCAGAAUGACCCCCGGCUUCAGCAUGUUCUAGUUUACCUCUUGCAAAACGAGGCUCCCAAGCAAGUGGUAGAGCGGACUCUUCUGGAGCAGUUUGCAGACAGAAACCUCAGCUUUGAUGAAAGGUCGAUUCGCAUUAUGAAAGUCGCACGAGCCAAGCUGAAGGACAUUGGUCCUGAUGAAGUGAACAUGGAUGAGUACAAGAAGUGGCAUGAAGACUACAGUUUGUUUCGCAAGGUGUCUGUUUACCUGCUGACAGGCUUGGAGCUGUACCAGAAUGAAAAGUACUGUGAAGCCCUGACCUACCUAGUAUAUGCUUAUCAGAACAACAUGACCCUCCUGAUGAAGGGACCCAGCAGAGGAGUAGAUGAAGCUUUGAUUGCUCUCUACAGAAGGAAGUGUCUCUUGAAGUUGAAUGAUGCUGCAGCAACACUUUUUGAAAGCUGCCAUGAAGUGCAUGUGGCCGAAGGCAUGAACCACUUGGAUGAGCUGAUCAUACCUUGCAUGCACCUCAUCAUAAGCAGUGACAUCUCCAAGGAUGACCUGGAUGCUAUCGAGGUCAUGAGAAGUCGUUGGUGUUCUUACCUGGGGAAAGACAUGGAUGAGGACUUGCAGUUGAAGUUGGGUGAAUUAUUGCCCCGUCUGCUGGAUUGCUCUGCAGAGGGAGUCGUUCUGAAAGAACCACCCAAGAUCCGUCCCAACUCACCCUACGACCUCUGCAGCCGCUUUGCAGCCGUGAUGGAGUCCAUCCAUAGGGCUUCCACUGUGACCGUGAGCUAAGCUGUGGACUCUACAGCAGAGCACUGGAGGCUACAGACCACCAGCACGUGUGGAGCUCAGCUACUGCCCGUCUUCAGAAUAGUGCAGGGAGGGAGGAGAUACAACACCAAGUAGGACAACCCACAUCAGGACGGAACUGACAAUUUACCUAGAAAAAGGCUGAGAAGACUAUGGUGCUUUUUCUCUUAAAUGUGCACUAAAUACGGCCAGCAGUGGCAUGCACUCAUGUUUCACAGCAUGUGUUUGCCUAGAUCAGCAUUUGCCUCUUUUAUUCCUACAAGAACACACUGGUACUGUGCAGAUAGAUUUUAAAUGAAAUACUGUGUGUGCAAUUUUUAUUUAUUUGUACAUCAUAAGUAAGGAACUUACCCCAUGAGCAUUCUGCACGCUCCAUAUUUCAGUGAACUUGGCACAUGUGCUGGUUAGUUUCGCAAGCAGUGUUUGCACAGUAACAUGGUGCCUGACUGGAACACGCUUAGGUGGCAUGUGAACACAGCAUGCAGAUGGGCCAGAGCACGUGGCGUGUGUGUUGUCAGUGAGGUGGGGCGCAUGUGGACUGUGGGUACAUGUCCUGUUCCUGGCUUGCCUCGCAUGCAUGUGGAUGCUCAGUGACAUCAGAGCAGGACUGUGUCUGCCUUAUUUUUCUGCAAAGGUCGUAGGGUGUUAAGAAGCAUUUCGUUUUAAGGUUGUUCAAACACAGUAGACAAUAGAUUGGAGCAUUACCUGUGUUUUGUUUGGAGAGGGAACCACCAGCCUGAGUUGCAGGCAUUCAUGCAGAUCAGUGUGUGUUUAAGCUAAAUGCAAACACGAUCGUGGGUGCCUCUUGCCCCAGGGGAAUGGGUGAUGGUGCCAGUAUUGUGUGAUGGCAAGAGAACUGAAGUCAUUCCAGUUCAGGGGUAGAGGCGGAAAACACUGCUCAAAAGGGAGUCCUUUUCUGACACCCCCAAAUAUUUCCUCCAAUGCCAAUCACAGCCUUGAAUUAGCAGGGUAGCAUCUUGAGAUGCACAGAGUGCUGAACUACAGGACAAAAACCUUUUUUAAACACUAUGCACAUUCUGAAGGAAAGCAUCUUCCAGUCUCUUUUUAAAUGGCCUUUGUUUUAUUGGAAUACUGACAAAUCAGGAUGUAAAUGAGAGUCUAAUUAUUUGGUAAGUCUUUUCAAUAAUUAAAGUGCAAUAAAUUUUUUUGCCAUUUUAAAACAU